AUGGACGACUACUACGGAGACGACGCUUGGGACUACGGCCGCCAGCGUAGGCGACCUUCACCUCAUCAAAUGCGCAGCGACUAUCGCAACGGCCUGCUCGAUCCUGGCUUUGCUGCCUCGGGACUGUAUCGCAGCCGAUCGCAAGGUCAUGGACCAGCGCCAACGAUCAACGUCUAUAAUCGCAUGUACCAGGAUCAAGAAGGCUCACCGAGGCCACCCCCCUACCCACCUUCAUCCUCAUCGCAACGAGCGUCUCCACGAGCUUCACCAGACGGGCGUGGCCGAAGGCGAUUCGGCGAUACGCUGAGCGCCUCACUCUCAGACGAGCUCGCGGGCAUGGCCCUCGAACAUCGCCUACUAUCACAAUCUCGAGGCCGCUCCGACGCCUCAGGCUUCGACCGACCACCUCCCGGGAUGGCAGAAUGGCAACUAGCACAACGAGAAGCCGAGAUCAGAGAAGCCUCGCGCGAACGAGCAUGGAGAGACAAAGUGAAAGUCGAAGCGCUCGAAGCCGAGCUGAAAAAAGAAAGAGAAGACGAAGCCUCGCGGGGAAGGGAGAGACGCUGGAAAGAAAAGUACAAACUCGACGAGCUCGAAAGGGAAAUGAAACGCGAAAAGGAGGAAGAAGCCGCUAAGGAGCGCGAGAAGCGUCUCAUCGCGGAGCACGAACGCAAAACGCGAGACGCGGAGGAGAAGAAGAAAGCCGACGAGAAACGCGCUGUGGAAGAAUGGGAACGCCGACAGCGCGAAGCGAAGGAAAAAGCUGCGGAAGAAGAACGCCGGAUCAAAGAGAAGAUGGAACGGGAAAAGAAGGAAGCAAGAGAGAAAGAAGAAGCGGCAUACCGAGAAUUCAAAGAGAAAGAACGCAAAGACAAGGAAGAGAAAGAAGCGCGGUAUAACGAUUUCCUACGAGAGCAGAAAGAACGCGAAGAGAAGAAGAAGCAAGAAGCGAAAGCAGCCGAGGAGAAAUUCCAGGCGGAGAUGAGGAAGAGACUGCAGAAUUUGGGGUAUUCGGAACGAACGAUUGAGAUCAUGAUUGACGAGGAGAAAACGAAAAAGUUUCGCGAGAGUAUGGCGAGUAAUAAUCAGCACGAAGCGCAUGGUGUUGUUGGUGGAGGACAUCGAAGUCGUUCUUCGGGUCAUCGAUCCACGACGACUACUACGACCACAACGACGACGAAUCCCCUCGGUGUGGGAUUCAGGGCCCAUAAAGCACCCGUCUACCCCAAAAUCCACCGGAAUUUCAUCGCGCUCGAAACGUUGAAAUACUAUGGUUUACCUUGGGAAUACGAUCGAGUAAGGCCUCCCCCUCUCCUCCCCUCCCCUUCCUCCUCACGAAAACCUAUAAGACUUCACUCCCCCCUUCCCCGUCUUGUACUGUUGAAACACUAACACACCGUACCCAACGUCUAGACGAAUCCAGAAUACAUCAUCAUCCUGAGGGAUAUGGAUUCCAAGGAGACGGAUCUCCUCUUCGAGCACACGAAACGUCUGAAUUCGGGGAGACUGUUGAUUGAAGGGGCGAAGAGGAAAGAGCCGAGAUUGGCGAUGUAUAGGCGGAGGAGUCGGAGUGGAGCGCCGAGGGAGGUUGGGGUUUUGAGAUGGGGUUGA